CGUAAUAAAUUGAAAGAUUUUGCGAUAAGAGGUUGCAAAUUGAAGAAGAAAAAGAGGAAGAAGACGAAGAAAUGCAAAUAAAUAAACAUUUUAUUACCAAACACAAAUAAAUAAGACUUGGAAAGUUGGUUGUUGAGUCUUUAGUGUUUGUCUUUUAAAUAUCAUGACAAAUUAGACGAUUGUUUUUAUUUUGGGUGUGCUAACUAAGAUUGUUGUUUGUUUUUCCCCACGAUUUGGGGGUUUUUGUUUGGCUUCUACAAUAUUUUCUUAAAAGAUUGUUGUUUUUAGCACUUGGAUACAUCGUUUGGGAGAAAGUUUUAAGGAAAAUCGAGUUAGAUCCUUAAUUAAAAUGGUGCAUAAGACAGUUUUGAGGGUGGAUGUAUCUUGUGAUAAGUGCAAGCAAGAGGUCUUUGCUAUUGUGUCCAAAAUUGAAGGUGUGAAUAAGAUUGAAGCUGAUACAGAGAAAGGAACAAUAGCAGUGAUAGGAAAUGCUGACCCGUUUGCAAUAAUUAAACGGUUACGGAAAGCGGGCAAAUCAGCCUAUUAUAUAACUGUUGGGCCCCCAGUGAGCCCGGAGGAGGAGAAGAAGAAGAAGGAAGAAGAAGAGAAGAAGAAGAAGCAGAAGGAAGAAGAAGAGAAGAAGAAGAAGGAAGAAGAAGAGAGGAAGAAGAAGUGCCCGUGCCCAAACCCGUAUCCAUACCCAUACCCGUAUUCGUAUUCGUAUCCAGGUGACGGGUAUGUCUGUAAGCCCUUUGCUAUGAUGACUUCGGAUUACCAAGAUCCAACUCCACCUUGUACCAUUAUGUGACUUCAAUCCUUAUUUUCAUAAUCUUUUAUGUAUGUGAUUAGUUUUGUUUAAGUUUGGUUCAAUUUUAAUCUAUUUUUAGUAAAAUUCUUGUAUAUACUUGUUUUAAUCAUUUUAUGUUGAUGGAAGUUUUUGUA